AAUGCAUUGGUGAAUCGAGUAAAGUCUAAAGCCAUUAAAAUCACAAGAGUGAAUCACCGAUUGCAGCGUUCUCCGGAUGGCUGCCUUGUGAAAAGAUUGCUCAGGCGAGAAAUUCCUUGAUUUGAGAGAAACCACGCCCAUUCAAGGAUGACGUCAGUAGUCCACGUGCUCGAGCAGAUCAACGAGCAGCUGAUCUGUGCAAUCUGCCUGGAACGAUUAUGCAAACCUCGAGUGCUGGAUUGCAUGCACUCGUUCUGUACAGGAUGCCUGCAGCGCAUCGCCAAUAAUGAUUCGUCUAGUACGAUCACGUGUCCAACAUGCCGUAUGGUCACGCCCAUCCCGGAGUCUGGCAUCGAGCAAAUGAAAGCGAAUUUUUUUAUCAAUCAAUUGCUUGAAUUGGUGAAAAAUAAAGGUGAUGAGCUGAAGAAAGAGAUCAGAGAGACAAAAAAGUGCGAGACGUGCGAAGACGACUCUCCUGACUUUGCAACGUCAAGAUGCGUUGACUGCAGUAAAGAUCUAUGCACGUCAUGUGUAGCAGAACACAAACGCGCUCACGAUACCCUUGACCACCGGAUCAUCAAUACCAUCGAAGGAGAAGACAAUGAAGAUCAGGAACUCGACCGCUACAGUCUAUCAUUUUGCAAGCAUCACACCAGAAACGUCAUCAAGUAUUUCUGCAUCACAUGUGACGAAGCAAUCUGCCGAGUUUGUACAAUAUUAGAACACCGAGAGCACCAGUAUGUCUACCCUAAAGAGGCCUUGCCUCUCAGACGAACGGACAUACAGGAAUCUUUAGAGAAAGCGAAGGAACGGAUACCACAGCUAAAGAAAACGAUGUCAGAAGUAGACGAAAUGUCUCGCCGGCUGCAUGAAUGCCAUCAAACCUUAGCGCGGGAGAUUCACCAUAAUACGCAAGUCAGGAUCAAAGCUUUGAUGGAAGCUGAACAGAAGUUAUUGAAACAGUUGUCUGAUGUGAACAUAUCGAAACAAAAGGUCCUUGGGUUACAAAAGGACAGCAUUGAGCUUGAGAUCGGCAAGUUGACCGGGUGCUGUGAGUUUGCAGAUAAUGUGAUGGUGUUUGGUAAUGAAGUGGAAAUACUGCAGAUGAAAGGAAGACUGGAAAGCCUUAACAACUUGAAGGUGAAACUUGAGCCAGAAGAAGAUGAUACAGUAGAAUACAUCUGCGACRGCAGCAACAUCAAAACAGUCAUUGAAUCUGUAGGUAAGAUUCACGCAUCCAGUACCUUCGCAUCCAUCUCGUUCGCGACUGGCGAGGGGAUCCAUACAGCACGUGUCAAGAUCGAAACACACUUCAAACUUUAUACCAAGGACCGGCGCGGCGCCAGAAGCAUAGGAGGAGAUAGAGUGUUCAUUCAAUUGACACAGCCGGAUGGUUCUGAGCUGCCAUGCCGAGUUGAAGACAAAGGUGAUGGUACAUAUAUGGUGUACUACACACCAGAAGUGAACGGACACCAUCAGGCAUCAGUCAUGAUCCAAGACAAGCCUAUCAUGGACAGCCCGUUCACCAUCCUUGUGGUCAACCGUCGAGAAUACAAAGAGAUUGGUCCAACCCUCAUGAGAAUCGGCCAAUACGGCAGCAAGAAGAGAGAAUUCAAAUCGCCGUUCGGUGUAGCGGUAGAUUCAGAUGGACGAAUCUACGUAGCUGAUAGCUACAAUCACCGUAUCCAAGUCCUGGGAUCCAAAGGUGAAUACGUCACUUCCUUUGGUAGUCAUGGGGACCGUAAAGGGGAAUUCAACUGCCCAACUGACGUCGCAGUUGAUCAAAAGGGGCGUAUAAUCGUAUGUGAUAAUGGCAAUAAUAGGAUCCAGGUCUUAAACCGCAAUGGCGGAUUCAUUGGUAAAUUUGGUCGUGAAGGAAUAGGCAAUGGAUACUUUAAAUCUCCAUGGGGCGUGGCCGUGACGCAGAGGAAUGAGAUCCUAGUGGCUGACAUGGAGAACCAUAGAGUACAAAUGUUUUCGUCCGAGGGGAAGUUUAUGUUCAAGUUUGGCAGCCUCGGCGAUCGCCCUGGUCAGUUAAGCGCGCCAUGUUACUUGUUAAUAAGCAACGACGAUGACGAAAUUCUGGUCUCUGAUUCCAAGAAUCAUCGAAUUCAAGUUUUUGACAUGAAUGGAAAAUAUCUACGCCACUUUGGAACCCAUGGAUCAGGGGAGGGUCAGUUUACGCAUCCCAGGGGUAUUGCAAUAGAUAUAGCUGGCAAUAUCAUCGUGGCUGAUAUGGGUAACCAUCGACUACAGAUCUUAGACUCGAAGGGUAACUUCUGCAAAGAGGUAGGCACUGAAGGUAAUGGUGAUGCAGGGCAGCUCUCGUUCCCUGAGAGUGUUGCUAUCAUGCCUAACAGUGGGUAUAUUGUAGUCUCUGAUUUGAGCAAUAACCGCAUUUAUGUCUUCUAGUUGGACAACUUUCCUAUGUAUUCAAUGUAGCAUACACUUAACAUAUAUUCAUAACUCAUUCAAUGUUUAAAGGUACCAUUUGGUAUAACUACACUGAUAUCUAUAGUGUAAUAUUUAGAACUACACGCGCGAAAUCGUGCAGUUUUCUGUCACACAAGUUGGACAACUUUCCAAUCUAUUCAAAACUCAUUCAGUGUUUAAUGCCACCAAGUGGUAUCUUACUAAUAUUU